AUGUUUUUCGUGAUUGUUUGUUUGUUAUUUUUUAUACUUAUUUAUUAUACCCACUACUAUGUCAUACAACAACGGAAGUUCAGUUUAUUGUUGAAUAAUGCUACUGAAAUAUCCACUGGUAGUGAGGAUGAAGGUCAAAUGUUUGCAAAAAUGUUCUUUUCAUCGGAUGGUGCCAUAGAAAAUGACACUAUGUUAGUUGUUGCAAAUAUUUCGGAUGAAACCUGUUUAGAAGAAAUUCCUAAUACUCCCGGUUUUGUUCGAGUGAAGCGAACCAAAGAUUUACCGCAUAUUGGCAGAUAUGUAGAUGGAAUGAGAAUUAAGCAGAUUAUUAGUGAUAAUCUUCGAGAACGAGCAGUAGAUUUAAAUAUGAUGUGUACUGGUAUGGUAAUGGUAAUCAGUCCAUCGUUGGAUCAAGCAGCUAUACGAAUUCGUCAAUAUCCUGAUCUAGAUCUGGAACAUUUUGAAUUGAAAGUAAGAAUGAUGCAGACAAUUUCAGAAGCAUAUAAUUCAUCCUAUCAUUUAUGGAAGGGUGUUCUACGGGAUAUUUAUAAUGAUGUAACUCAAAAAGCACAUGAAAAUCGCAACUUCUUCAAUUCAGAUAUGGAAAUGGACUCCGAGCCUACACCAUACGUAUCAUCUUCGCUUCUCUGCAUUUGUGUCUAUCCAGCAUUUGGUAUUCCUUUACCUAGAGAUGUAGCUGAAAAAGCCGAAUGUUUACUCAAAUUUUAUGAACUUGUUAAAUCACUGGUAUUUUCGUUGCCAUCAUUUAAAUCAUUUUGCGAAAAACAACGACAUCCAUUUGAAGAACAUUCAGAUUUAGACCGUGUUCCUUGUGUGUGUCUUGAUUUUGAUCCACACGUUUUAAACUGGUUUCUUGAACGACAUAAAAUGAAUUCACAACGUAUAAAUAAUGACUCACAAUGUAAGGUCUAUCUUGUUGCUAAAAGUCAAUCAAAGUCGCUCAGAACAGCCAGAUCCGAAUUUCGUUAUUCUUUCUCAAUUGUCGAAAAACAUUUAGCUAUUAAUCGCCGACCUAUGGAAAAACUAUUAAAUUCAUUGGCACGAAAAUUUUAUUAUAAAAUAAUUCGUCGAAUUGAAAUAAAUGAAAAAUAUUUAAAAUCUUAUUUUGUUAAAACAAGUAUCCUAUGGCUGUGUGAGUUGAACGAUAUCGAGCAGAUGGUCUCACAUACAGUAGAUGAUCCGAUUUCAACCAAAGUUAUUUUAUUAGAACUAUGGAUCAAUUUUGUAUCGAAUUCAAUGAAAAAACGGUACUGUUCACAUUAUUUUGUUAAAACUUUCAAUCUUUUGCAAGAUUAUGAUACUGAAUUACUAGACACAAUUGAUCAAGAGUUGAUUCUAGUUAAUGUCAAUCAGUUUUUAGGCUCAAUUUCUUAUGAAAAGCGCAUGUUAUACAAUAGCAUAAAUAUUCAUGAUAAAUUGGUCGCUGAACUACAGUGUGAAUUUGAAUCAAACCCAAAAUUAGCUGCAAAAAUUUUUAAAACAUUUCAAAAAACUGUUGUUAAAGUAUUUUACGAAGAAGAUUGCUUGGAAAAAUGUGAUCUUUCUAAAUUUGAGCAUGAGAUGAAAGAACUUCUGUGUUUAUUAGUUAUCAUUGAACGAACAAACAGAAACUUAUGGCACGAAUGGAAAAAAUUAUUUAUCGAUUUUCAUCGGAAUGAUCUGUCAUUGUUACGUACAACAACAACGCCAAGACCAUCUGAACUAGCUCUACAUAUGAGAGAAAGUGUCUUUUCAUUUGGACUUUAUUCAUAUUUGAUGCUUAAAAAUAUUGGUCUUUUAGAAACUUUCAAUCUUGCAUUGAAAGAAAAGAUAGCUAAAAGAAACUGA